CCGAGUCUCAAAGAUGUCUAAUCAGAAGUAAAUCCUUCCAGAAGAUUCCGCCUCACUCAAUUCCAUAUUGUUUGGCUUAGACUUGUUUCUGGCUCAUUUGCCUGUGAUCUAUUCUCGGCCAGUCAAACACAGCUCCGACUGUAAAACAGGAAGAAGGAAGAGAAAGAAAACCAAAGCAACCCGUUAAGGAAGUCAAAGUGAACUGGAAUUUAUUUCUGACAUAGAUCUCAUUUCGUCUUCACGCUGGGGAAAGCAAAGCGGACCCCUCUUCGUUUUCUCAAUUCCCAAAUCCGCUACAGGAUUCAGCGAGCAUCCGUCAUGCAUCUGAAGACUAUGAAGUGCAACCCCUUUUGCCUUAUCGCAUCUCUAGAGGAUGUGAAUCUGUUUAACAGACCUGAUGCCAGGGCAAGUUUUGAGGAGCUCUUCCGUGCCUUUGACAAUGAAGCCACCUUUCAGUUUUUCAAGAGUUUCAGGAGGGUGAGAAUAAACUUCAGCAAUGCACUGGCUGCAGCAGAAGCAAGGGCCAAACUUCACAAGAGCGAUUUCAAUGGCACAGAACUCCGACUUUAUUUCGCUCAGUCAGUACAUAUAGGAAGUGCACGAUUGGAGCCUCCCAAACCAGACAAGCAGUUCCUUCUUUCUCCGCCUCCUUCUCCUCCUGUGGGCUGGGAACAAGCUAAGGACGCCACCCCAGUCAUCAACUACGACCUUCUCUGCGCCAUCGCCCGACUUGGCCCAGGUGAGAAGUACGAGCUCCACUCCGGAACCCCCACAACUCCCAGCGUAGUGGUGCACGUGUGCGAAAGUGAUCAGGAAAGUUCCGGCGCCGAAGACGACACGGAGGGCCUCAGGCGGCCACGCCCCAAAAUCAUCCAGACCCGCCGCCCGGAUUACAGCCCCGCCAUGGCCCAGUGAGUGUGAGGGGUGUGUCCUUGUGCUUUUAAGUUCGUUUUAACGUCUCCGGGCUGUGGGGCCUGAGUCAAGUCUUUUUUUCCAAAGAAGAAACCCGGAGUCAGCUCAGCCCUGCAGAGACAGUCUACGUCACCAUGAUCCGUCAGGGGAAAGUGGGUUCAUUGCAUGCAUUUGUCGAUAUAAAGUGGCUCAUUUUUCCACAUCUAAAGGUCGUGGGGUGUCAUGGAUGGUUUCCUUUGGUGUCUAUGGCAAGAAGAUCAAAAGAGGCCUGCUCCAGUUGUGGCUUUAUUUGUUUCCUUUCAUUUGGAAAGCAUGUUUUAUAACAGAAGGGAGCGUUUUUAAUGAAAUCUAUUAUUACAUAUUUCUUUAAAUGAUUGUCUGUUUCUUUUUUAACAUCAGUUGAGAUGUAAGGCAAUAAUAUUAGUAGGUUUUUAAGAAAAGUUAACUAAUAGUACACUUUGAAAGAUUGUGGUUAUGGGUCUUUUUUUGUACCUCAUUUGUUGUUGUAGACAGUGACGAAAUUCCAAAAGAUACACAUUUCAUCUCGUUCAUUUCUUUAAAAUAUUGUAAUGGUAAAUAAAUGUUGUCUGGUAAAUUUGUCAAAUAUGAUUGAGCUGGUUUACUGGCGGGUAUUUCUGUACAGCAAAAAUCAAACGUUUGAUUUGAUAUGUUGGCCUAAAUGGUGGUAGUUUUGUAUAAAUAAUAUCUAUGACUGAAAAUUAAUUACCUUCAUUUUAUUCAAGACCAUAACACUGUAAAACAGUUUGAUUACACCCUUUAUUAGGAUUUGCACACAUUAUAUUAAGAACAUGGUAAAAGUGAGAUUACCGAUCUCUCAAAUGCCUUGAUGCUGUUUGUCUGUACAUAUUUGUUUACCUCAUUGUAACUGGUUCAUGUUUCAAUUAAUUUGCUUGAUUUUGCAAGGUUGUUGAGUUGGUUUGGAUGGAUGUAUAACUUUACAUUAACAGCCAAAAUAAAC